ACUGUUAAUUGUGCUAGUCUUUCGUCGAUCUUCUCUCUGUUACAAUGUAUUCCGUUCAGUGUGUAGCUCGUCGAUUCUUUGUCUUGUGUCUGGCGACUUUGAUUUUCGCUCAAGUCGCAUUUUCCAAACAGGAUGGCGCCCCAAUUGCAGCAUGUGAAGACAUGACUCCUGAACAUUUCGUGAUGCCGCAAGAGUCCGUGUGUCCAUUCACUUCAAAACUCGCCAGGGAGGAAAUGUGGUCGAACGGGACCGUUGAAGUGACGCUAGAACACGACAGCGAUGAAUUCAAAGGAUUCUUCAUGAUGGCGUUUGACGGCACCGGUUCCGAUUCUUCACCCAUCGGGACCUUCAGUUCCGAUCUCAAGGGCAAGGGAAAGGCCAUUGACUGCAGGAGAGACGGUACCAAGAAUGCCGUGACCCACAAGGACAAGUCACUCAAGAACUCGGUCGUUGCUACCUGGACACCCCCAGAGGACUUUGAUGGAACUGUCGUUUUCAAGGCCACCUUCGUCAAGUCGUUUGACAAGUACUGGGUGAAACAAUCAUCUCCCACCUUGAUAGUUAAGCGGGCUGUCAUCUCUGAUAAUGUCAAAGAAGAUUCUUUUGAUGCCACCACCAAGAAACCCACCGUGUCCACCACCAAGAAACCCACCGUGUCUACCACCAAGAAGCCCGAUGUUCAAGAGUCAGAUGAUGUUAGCGAUGAUUCCACUUCGACACGGACGACCACAGCCCAGCCAGAGAUUGCAGACGCUGCUUCGCCGAUUGGUAUCUUGGCUUUUUACAGUGUUAUAAUCAUCGGUGUCACCAUCGCUUUUAUAGCCUGAUUUGUAGAUCUUUUUUAGUUUCUCGUCUCAUUUUUAAUAUUCCAAAUUCUCUCGUUGUAAUAUAUUUUAUGAUUGGGGCUUUUCUUUUUUGUGGUGGUGUUUGGGGGGCGUUUGGAUUCGAAUGCAAAUAUACCUUUAUGAAGGUUAA